AUGUUGAUUCCAUUGAUUAUAGUUUUGUCUGUGAUUCGUCAAGCCUCCACUUUGGUCACUUGUUCAAGAUGUGAAACUGGAACUGAAGAAUGCAACUACUCUAGAAGCACAUGCCGUGGUGACUUCUGUUACCAUGCGCAAUAUUAUUAUGGAAGCGAAACGAUGUCAACUAUACAAAAAGGAUGUGUAAUUGGGGAGGUUGCGCCAGAAGGAUGCAGAGUCAAUCACCAUGGAAAUGUGAUUGCGGAUUACUGUAACUCGAAUUUCACAUCAAUUUCUGAAAUAGCAACCACAAUUCUUCCUGUUCAAACUUGCCAACCAGAAAAACUGAACAACAUGCCAAAACCAAGAUGGACAAAGCCAUGUGCAGCAAAUUACUGCACGUACAUUGCUGCAAAGACCCUCAUGGAAGUGGACAAUGCUAACUACACAUGGUCCACUAAAGAUUGUAGUUUGGAGAAUGAAUUCGAUUUUUUCCCAACUCUCACCGUUUUCAAUUUCUAUCCAGGAACAUGCGUUUGGUUGAAUUAUGGUGGUCAACCUGACACACAUGCUUGCUAUGGAUCUGAUUCUCUCGAUUCUACAUUAGUUUUUGAUACAACAACAGCUACCACAGAAUGCCACGUAGAUUAUUUCAAUCCACGACUUCCGUAUACGAAGUCUUCCGGCUCGUGUUUGGGACAGUUCUGUUUCAUCAGUGCAACAUCAAGAGGAGAAGUAUUCAGAGGAUGUGUGAACAGCCAGACAGUUGAGGGUGCCACUCCAUUGAAGAUUGGCUAUACCCGUGCAUACACUGGUCUGGAACAAUGGAUUUGCAGUAAAUCCUACUGUAACGCUGAUUUGAAAUCUGCUGAACUUUCAUGGCCACCAGAGUUAUAUUUAUACAGAAAUAUAUCAAAUCUCCGAGAGUUCAAUGUUUUCUACAUCGACGCCGCUAGCUCGUCAUCGAUUUUUCUUGCCAUUCCCCUCGUUUUUCUGAUUAAUUAUUGCCUUUUCCAUUGA